GACCUUGUAGAGUGAAAAACUCUUACCUCUGAAGCUCUGGUUUCAGAAUGACUAACAAUUGUGGCUGCAUGAACUCGACUCACCAGGCCAUCGAUAUCUUUGGAAACUGUCAGAAGGUAUGAUGAUGCGUGUCUUGCUUCUGGCUCUGCUCGUCGUUCAGGUUUGCUGUGAUAUGAAUCUAAAUGAAUACUGGAUAUCCUGGAAAACUGAAUUCAAGAAAAACUACAGCAGUGUGAGGGAGGAAGCAUACAGGAGAACAAUUUGGGAGAAGAAUGUUUUGAAAGUGAUGAAGCACAAUGAAGAAGCUGCAGCAGGACAACAUACAUACACCAUAGGGAUCAAUCACCUUUCAGACAUGACAACAGAAGAAAUCAAUGCUAAACUGAAUGGUCUGAGGGUGGAGGAUUUUGCUCCUUGGGAUGCUAAUGAGAAUUUCACCUUGGUGAGUGAUUUCCCCCUCCCUCCCAGUGUGAACUGGACUGAGGAUGGAUUUGUCACCCCUGUGCAGAACCAGGGUGACUGCAACUCGUGCUGGGCAUUCAGUGCAGUUGGAGCUUUGGAAGCUCAAAUGAAGAAAAAGAAGGGUCGGCUUAUUCCUCUAAGUGUUCAGAACCUUGUAGACUGUGGUAAUGAGACAGGAAACUUUGGCUGUGCUGGAGGAUUCAUAAGUAAUGCCUUUACUUACAUUAUAAACAAAGGAAUUAGCAAGGAUGCCGACUAUAAAAACAUGACAUGUGAUACCGUCCAUCGUAAAUACGGACGCUGUUCUGGUUUCCGGGUUCUUCAACGCUUUAAUGAGUUUGAGCUGCAGAAGGUGGUGGCUAACAUUGGACCGGUUGCAGUGGGAAUUCAUGUUAGUUAUGAGUCAUUUCACCAUUACAAGCAAGGUAUUUAUAAUGAGUCUUCGUGCCCUUUUCAUCCACUGAAUCACGCUGUUCUGGUGGUCGGAUAUGGAAAAGAUGAAGGGCAGCAAUACUGGCUGGUCAAAAACAGUUGGGGUGCAGACUGGGGAGAAGGAGGCUACAUACGAAUGCAGCGAAACAAGAAUCAGUGUGGAAUCGGCAGCUACAGUGUUGUCCCUAUUAUCUGAACUCAGUUUUCUCAUAUCACCUUUUUAUUUUACUUUUCUUGCUAUUAUUGACUAAUUCAUAAAUUUGAGGGGGGUUUUAGGGUUUAGUUGUUUUGUACGUUAAAAUCUGGUGGUUAUGAUGAAAAAGUAUUUGUUUUUGGAAUUAAUGAAAUCCAGAGUUGCUUAUAUUGUAUACCAUGUAAUCAAUUCCCCAAAUGACUGAAAAUAAAUUUUUAAACGUUA